GUGGGCUGCUCUGAUUUAAAAGCAGGCUGACUUUAUCAGGGCAUGGGCACAAGUGACCAAACACUGCAAACAAAAUGCUGCUUCUAGCUUCAGCUUUUUUUCUAACACUACUGCAGUGCUUUAACGCCCAAAAUGAAAUAAGCUUUACACCUGCAGACUGUAACACCAUUGAAACAGAUGCAGGAGUGGCCCUGGAUUUGGUCAACAGGCAUCGCAGAGAUGGUUAUGUUUUUGGUUUAUUCCGUGUUGCUGAUGCACAUGAACUACAUUUAGGAAAUUCAACAGUCCUCUACUUAACUUUGGAUGUGCUGGAAACUGAAUGCUCUGUCUUAUCCAGAAGACACUGGGAGUCCUGUGAAUACAGCAACACCUAUCCAAUGGACUUUGGGCAAUGUAAGAUUAUCACAUAUACAAACCAUCUGCUGAAGAAACCUCAACUAUAUGGAUUUAAUUGUACAUUAAGUCCAGUUCCACUUGACUUAGUUGAGUGCAAAGAUUGUCCUGUGAAACUUGAAUCCUUAGAAGUCACUGAGCAACAUAAAGAUAUUGCUGCAAAGGCCCUGAAGAAAUUCAACAGUGAAGGUAACCACACAAACAACUUCGCUGUGGAUAAAGUUGAAAGAAUUUUAAAGAUGACUGCCUCCCGUGAAGGUCACAUUGUAGGAUUCUCUAUAAAAGAGACCAACUGUUCAAAAUCUAUGCAGGAAACAGAUCAGGCAUUGGAAUGUGAUUUCCUGCAUGACUGGCACGCUCACACCGGAUUCUGCAAGGCAAGAAUUAUCAGUGAUGCAGAUGAAGCUGAUGGAACAGAUAUAAGCUGUGAAAUCUACCAUCCCUGGCACCAUGGCUGUGGGCGAAGAUGGAAACAUUCAGCUCUGGGACAUCCACACAGACAUCCCCACUGUCAUCAUCAUUUUGGUCACAGACAUCACCAUAAGCAUCACCAUAGACAUGAAUGCCACCCCUCUUCUCAGUCCAGACCUGAAGACCCUGAGCAUAACCCCAAAUCCAGCAAGGAAGUUCAAGACAAAGGACCUUCUUCUCCCCCUCCUCCCCAUUAUGAACCAGAUCAGGACCAUCCUACUGCACCUCCUCAUGGACCAGAUCAUGACCAUCCUCCUCACCACCAUGGACCACCCUGUCCCCUGCCUCAUGGACCAGGUCACCAGCACCCUCCUCACCAUCAUGGACCACCCUGCCCUCCUCCUCAUGGACCGGAUCACGACCAUCCUCCUCACCACCAUGGACCACCCUGCCCUCCUCCUCAUGGACCGGAUCAUGACCAUCCUCCUCACCAUCAUGGACCACCCUGUCCUCCUCCUCAUGGACCAGAUCACGACCAUCCUCCUCACCAUCAUGGACCACCCUGCCCUCCACCUCAUGGACCGGAUCACGACCCUCCUCCUCACCAUCAUGGACCACCCUGCCCUCCUCCUCAUGGACCAGGUCACCACCACCCUCCUCACCACCAUGGACCACCCUGUCCUCGUCCUCAUGGACCAGGUCACCACCACCCUCAUCACCACCAUGGACCACCCUGUCCCCCUCCUCAUGGACCAGAUCAUGACUGUCCUCCUCACCAUCAUGGAUGGCACUGUCCCCCUCCUCCUGGACCCCCUCCUCAUCACUGUCAUCACUAUUACAGACAUCAUCACAACAAGACAAGCAUAUCAGGAAAGUAUUUUCCAUGCCAUGUAACAGGAGCUGUCUAUCGCAUCCCAGUUCCAAAUCAGCAACAUUCUCUCACACCUCCCACUGCAAACUUUCCUGAACUAUCCCAAUGCAGCCUUCACUUUUCCAGCACUGGCUCAAAACUAAAGGAGAUGGCAGAAGCUCCAGGCUUUCCAGAUCUCCCUACACAAUCAAAAUCAUGCCCCGGAAAACCCAAACUUGACCUUCCAAACAUUUUGCCUUUAUUUCCUUAUAGUCUUGUAACAGAAAAUUCUCCUAUAUGACCUCAGAGAAAGAUGUUCCUGGCUCAAUAAUUUCAUGGGCAACCACAGUCCUACAGUCAAUGAAAACAGCACAUGGAGAGGUGGAAAAGGCAUUCUGUUUCUAGGAAGGAGAAUCACUGAAAAUAAUCAUUACAUAUUUCAACCUGCUUCUUCAUCACAGCUAUCUCAAGCUCCACUGUAACUGAAAGACUCAAAAUUCUGAGUCCCUUAGAUAAUGUGAAUGGGUAAAAAUCUCCCCAGAAAAUGAUGGUACUUCAGUUCUAACAAAAAGGAAAAUUCUCUAAUAGUGCAAAUUACCAUCUAAAAUCUUUCUUUUUUCAUCAUUCAUAACUAUAAUGCACUUCCACAAGGAAUCUGACCUAGAGGAAAUUGGACUGUUUGCCAUAAAACUUAUAUUCAUGCUUUAUACAGAUUAAUAGAAAAUAAAAAUGCAAGCAUUUUUUUCUUGA